AUGCGUCGCUACCGUUGCGCCUCUGCUGCCGCGCUGCUCUGCUGCGCUCUCUUCCCGCCUGUGGCUUGCCUGCCCACCGCGGCAGGUGGUCGUACCGCGCGGCACGCAGCCUUCGCAAGCUAUCGUGGCGAAGCCGUGAGCGACGCGAGCAUGGAGGUUGUGCGUGGCGCGGUGCCCGACUGGCUCCGCGGCGCGUACCUCCGCAACGGCCCCGGCCUGUUUGAGGCGGGCGAGCGAAGGCUGCGGCACUGGUUCGACGGCUACGCUCUGCUAACCCGCGUGCAGCUCAGCGGUGGAGAGACGCCUCCGCGCCUCACGACUCGCUUCGUCGAGACCGACGCGCUAACGGCGGCGCGGGCGGGCUCCCUCGGGUACGCCGAGUUCCAGACUCCGCUCAGCGAGCCGGGCGGUGGCGUGGCGGGCGCGCUUCGGUCCCUGGCGGCGCUCGCGGCGGGAGACCCAACGGACAACUGCUGCGUCAACCUCGUCCGGCACGGCGGCGACCUCGUCGCGAUGACCGAGACGCAGCGCUCCUGGAGGGCAAUCGACCCGGCGACGUUGAAGCGCGUGCCGUGGGCGGCAGGCUCGCGGCUGGGCGUGCUGGGCACGGCGCACCCGCACCCCGACCCGGCGGGCGGAGGAGGGCUGAUCAACGUGGCGACCGACAUCAACCCUCCCUUCUUCUCGUCGUACCAGGUCUACACGGUGAGCGCACAGCCGCCGUGGCAUCGCCAGCUCCUCGCCUCGAUCCCGUGCGACGACCGCGCGGCGCCUCGCCGGCUGCACUGGUUCGGACUCGCGUCCGCGCCGCGCUGGCUGCACUCGUUCGGCGUCACGGACCGGUCUGUGGUGGUCAUCGAGCAGCCGGCCGCGUACGACGUGCACGUGGUGCAGCCGCCCUUCUUCUUCUUCCACGUCUGCAACACCUUCGAGGCGGACGGCGCCGUCUGCGUCGACCUCUGCGCCUUCGACGACCCUGAGAUCGUCUCGAGCCUUUCGCUCGAGCGACUCACCGACGAUUCGCAGGCGCUCGACCCGCUGCCCGCCAUACUCUCGGCGUCAUCUCGAGAGAUCUCGCCCUAUCUCGGCUCGGUCUCGGCUCGGUCUCAUUUCGAUCUCGUCUCGAUCUCGGAUGACUCGCAGGCGCGCGAUUUGCCGCGCUCGCGCGUCGUCCGGCUCUCGCUGCCGCGCAGAGGCGGCGGGGACGGAGGCGGCGACGCGGACGGCGGCGCAGCGCCGGAGCUCGUGCCGCUCGACGACGUCUCUGUGAGCGGCGGGUUCGCGGACUUGCCGACGAUCAACCCGCGCGUCGCGGGCAGCGAGAGCUGCGCCGACUACCGGUUCGUCUACGGCAUCGGCGCGGCGCGGCCGACGCCCGUGUCCAACCGGCUGGUCAAGACGGACGUGGCGGGGCGCGGCGGCGACGCGGCCUUCGAGGUUGCGGGCAUGCUGCCGGGCGAGCCGCUCUUUGUCCCUCGGCCGGGCGGCGCCGAGGAGGAUGACGGGGUGCUGCUGAGCAUGGGCACCGACCCCGACGGGGGGAGCAGCUUGUACGUGCUCGCCGCGCAGGACAUGCGACUGCUCGCCCAGUGCAGGUCGCCGGUGCCACUGCCCGCCGGCUUCCACGGCUGCUGGCUGGAGGAGGGGGGCGGGUCAUAG